CUGACCUGCACUGACACGACAACGACAACGGCUGACUGGCAACUUGAAGCAACUCUGGCGCAUGUAUUAGGAUCACUAUCGUCGACACCGACAGCACUACAGACGUGCCAUUAGAUCACUGCAAACGAAAUUUACAUCGGAGUCUCACUCAACAGGAAUCGAAGACCCUGCUUGAGUGAGUAGGCUCGUGUCACUGAAUGCGAUUGAGCUGGUUAAAGUGGCAGUGGCUCGACUUAAUCGCGUCGCAAAGGUUCUUCAACGUCACGACGAUGGCUCACUCUGCCGCCGCCUUCGAGGGAUGGUCACGAGAAGAUCUCAUCUCCCGCAUCGUUGAACUAGAGCAAAUCAAGACUAUCAAGCCGAGAGAACCGUUGUACAACGAGAAGAGCAAUGACAAGACGUUCGACCCAUCCGCUUACCCGCGACGCAAGAUCGCCCUCAAGUUUACCUAUCAUGGCGCGCACUAUUCGGGGCUAGAGCACCAGGGGCUUCCGACCCGCCUGCCCACUGUAGAGGGAGUGCUGUUCGAUGCCUUGGUGCGUUGUCACCUCGUUGAUCCUGCUGGCGGAUUCCAGGGUUGUGGGUGGGAUAGGUGUGGGAGGACAGACAAGGGAGUCAGUGCCGCCGCACAGGUCGUCAGUCUCUGGGUGAGGAGCGCACUCGGCGAGGUGAGGCGGCCUGAUAAGACUUCACAAGAUGCGACAUCCAUGCUACCAGAGGUUCCUCUGUCGUCGCCCGUCGACAGCUCUGCCAACGAAGACGGUCCGGGGCUGGAGGGAGAUCUGGGGGCGAUGGGCAACUGGGAUGAGCCUCCGACCAACGCCGCACUCGAACAGUCGUCGGAAACCACGUCAGAGCUCCCAUACGUUUUUCGAAUCAACAGGGCCCUUCCGCCUACCAUCCGCAUACUCGCGUGGUCGCCUGUUUCAGAUGACUUCUCCGCCCGCUUCAGCUGUCGGUGGCGACACUACAAGUACUUUUUCUCUACACGCGAACUCGACAUCUCGGCCAUGCAAGACGCGGCAUCACGGUUGGUCGGAGAGCACGACUUCCGCAAUCUCUGCAAGAUCGACGCACCGAAGCAGCUGGUCUCAUUCACCCGGCGCAUCCUCUCAGCGAACGUCAACCCCGUUGAGGGCAACGCAGAUCUUCACGUCCUCGAUCUCGUCGGCAGCGCAUUCCUCUACAACCAAGUCCGACAUAUCAUGGCGGUACUCUUCCUUGUGGGCACCAGGCUCGAGCACCCGUCCAUCGUUGACGCGCUCCUGAACACCGAUCCGAGCACUCCCCAGCCUCCCUCACGAGAAGGCGAGCCACCGCCACCCAUCGUCCCCGGAAAGCCGCACUACGAGAUGGCGGAUCCGCUGCCGCUCGUGCUCUGGGACACGGGCUACGACGAGAGUGCGUUGUCCUGGCGCGGCGAAUACGAGGCUGCGACGGAGGUCGACUCACAAAAAUACCUCGCGAACAACGUUUGCAACAACCUCCAGUCGCUGCUCGACCGCUCGGAGAUCCAUACUGCGCUUGACGCGCAUUUCCUACGCGCUGCGGCUAAGCAUCACAGUCCGCCUCCGCAUUACUUCCCGAUCGGCGGCAAGGGUUCGGAGCCCAUCCGGAAAGACAGCAUGCUAGCUGUGCCGCUAGGGGGAGGGACGUACAAGCGUGCUGCUGGUUAUACGCCUCUCUUGGAGCGGGGGAGGAAUGCCACUGCUGAGGAAAUUAACACACGGUGGAGGGUGGGCAAGGGUGCCAGGAAGAUGGAGCGCAAGUUCGCGGUAGUGGCAUUGCAGGGGACAGAACGAUUACCACAUACGUGAACGCGCUCACCUGGCGCAACAGCAGCUUGCAAUGAGCACAGCCAGCGGAUUUUCUUGGGUAGCGUGGUGGGUAGCCACU